AUGUCUCAAUUAUCCAAUACAAGUUUUCCAGAGGAUACAGUUCCUCAAGCUCCCGAAGAUCCCCUCUUUGGAUUAAUGGCUGCUUAUCGUGCUGAUACUUUUGAUAAAAAGGUUGAUUUGGGUAUUGGAGCUUAUAGAGAUAAUAAUGCUAAACCUUGGGUUUUACCUGUUGUCAAGAAGGCUGAUGAAAUCCUUCGUAAUGACCCCGCUCUAAAUCACGAAUACCUUCCUAUCGCUGGUCUCAACACUUUUACAUCCGCAGCCGCGAAACUUAUGCUUGGUGCAGAUUCACCAGCUUUGGCAGAGAAACGUUCUUGUUCAGUUCAAACUAUAUCAGGAACAGGUGCUGUUCAUCUCGGGGCACUUUUCAUCAAGAAAUUUUACCCAGGUUCUCCUACGGUUUAUUUCAGUAAUCCAACAUGGGCAAAUCAUAAUCAAAUCUUCUCCAAUGUUCAUCUGCCAGUCGCUACAUAUCCAUACUUUUCAAAAUCUACAAAAGGUCUCGAUUUCGAUGGAAUGAAGAAUACCAUUCAAAAUGCUCCGGAUAAGAGUAUUAUUCUCUUACACGCUUGUGCACAUAAUCCUACUGGUGUGGAUCCAACUCAAGAUCAAUGGAAAGAACUUGCCGCUCUUUUGAAACAAAAACAACAUUUCCCUUUCUUCGAUUGUGCAUACCAAGGUUUUGCUUCAGGAGACUUGGCAAAAGAUGCUUGGGCCGUUCGUUAUUUUAUUGAACAAGGUUUUGAACUUUGUAUCGCUCAAUCUUUUGCCAAAAAUCUUGGUUUAUACAGUGAACGUACUGGAUGUUUUCAUUUCGUUACUGGAGGAGGAAAAGAUGCCGAGAAAAAUAUUGCUAGAAUCUCGAGUCAAUUGGCUAUUUUACAAAGAUCCGAAAUUUCAAACCCUCCAGCAUAUGGUGCUAGAAUUGCCAGUACUAUUUUGAAUGAUGAAUCAUUAUUCAAAGAAUGGGAAGCAAAUUUGAGAGAAAUGUCUGGAAGAAUUAUUACCAUGCGUAAAGAACUUCGAUCCAAACUUGAGGAAAUGGGUACACCAGGAAAAUGGAAUCAUAUCACGGAACAAAUUGGCAUGUUUUCAUUUACAGGAUUAUCUGAGAAACAAGUCAUGGAAUUGAGAAGUGAAGCUCAUGUUUAUAUGACAAAGAAUGGUAGAAUUAGUAUGGCUGGUUUGAAUACUAAUAAUAUUGAUUAUUUUGCAAAGGCAGUUGAUAAGGUUGUUAGGAAGACACAACAAGAGAGUGCUCAUCUUUAGGUAAUGGGUGUGAGGGUGUGAGGGUGUGGGUGAGAUUGAGAAAUUGUGAGAGGAAUUUUGAGGAAUUGCUAGGCGCUGUGAGUGGGAAUGACAAAUGGAAGAUACAAUCGGUGGUGGUUGUGAAACGAGGAAAUGAAUUACUGGAUUGAUUAGAUGGUGUACUGGGAUGGAAGGAAAGAAUGAUGAAUGGGCUAAAGAAAAUGGGUUUGUCGAACAAGGCAUUUCAUUUAGUAGCAAUGGAUUGAUUGGGGUUGGGAUAAGGGUAGGGAAGAUACGAUUCAUUAUAUUUUCAAAUGAUUCACAUGAGGUUAAAAGCGCAAGCCAUUUGAUCUGGAGGAUUAUCAUAGGUAGAGGGUUAUUUAUAUAUGAUGGAAUGAAAGGAAGAAUAGAUCUCGACUCGAUUUCUGGUAUUGAAUUAUUGUGUGGUCUUUUCUUUGUUUCGUGUGCUGUAAUAUAUCUUUCAUUCAUUUUAUUAAAUGUAUCCAGUUUCGGUAGUUCUUGAAUUCUGGUAGUUCAUUGGAUUCAUUCUCUUUUAGUUAUUAGGAUGAGAAAAUAUCGGGUAGGUAGGUAAGUGGGUGUGUGGGUGGGUAAGCAGGAGAUUUAUAAGUAUAUUUCUUGGUGAAUUGGGGAUGGAGAGAUAAGGCGAUACUUUGGUUGUUUAUUAUGAAGAGUGUGGAUGUGAGUUCGGUGUGGGUUUAGGUGUGGGUUUGGAAAUUGGUGGGAUGGGAUGGGAUGAGGGGAGAUGAUAGGAGAUGAGAGGAGAGGAGAGGAUAGGAGAGGAGAGGAGAGGAGAUAGGAUGAGAGGAGAUGAUAGGAGAGGAGAAUUCCGAAAGGUGUGAAAAAGGAAAGAGG